AUGUCCGCCGACUUUUGGUCUGGCUACCUCAGCGGUGCUAUCGGGAUUAUCAUUGGCAACCCACUUGACAUUAUCAAGGUUCAACUGCAAGCUGGACAGCAUGCAGAAGUCGUUGCAUCAUCCACCACCCAGCAGCUAAGUCGCCUGGAAAGCCUUACAUCUCUUGUGCGAGGUUCGGCUGCUCCGAUAUUAGGCUAUGGAGCCCUAAACGCUCUGCUCUUCGUGGCCUACAACCGGUCCUUGAUGAUCCUGGACAACUCUAUCACAGAUCCGACCACCCCACAAGGCGUAUCCCUGUAUAAGGUGUGGCUCGCCGGUGCCGCCGGUGGAGUAGCCAGCUGGACUGUAUCAUCACCCACCGAGUUCAUCAAAUGUCGAGCCCAAUUGGAAACCCGGCCCGGAGUUUCCUCCUGGACCGUCACCCGACAUAUUAUUAGUACACGGGGCUGGAGGGGCCUGUACUAUGCAGGAGGGAUCACCUGCGCAAGAGACGCCAUUGGCUAUGGGUUUUACUUUUGGUCCUACGAGUACUGUAAGCGCCUCAUGAACUCGGAAGAGGACAGCACGAAUAUAGCUACGUUAAAGAUCCUUCUCUGCGGCGGCAUUGCUGGCGUCGUAACAUGGGCAUCAGUCUUCCCUCUAGAUGUGAUCAAGACGAGACUGCAGGCUGGGACCAUCGAAACAUCUCCCCAAGAUCGUCCAUUGCUACAAAUCCAGUCCAAGACGCGCGCUCCAAGCUCGUUCCAAGUUGCCAGGGAGGUCUAUCGGACUGAGGGCUUGAAGGCCUUCUACCGCGGUCUGGGGGUGUGUAGCUUGAGGGCGUUCAUUGUGAAUGCGGUUCAGUGGGCGACUUACGAAUGGCUUAUGAAAUAUCUACAAGAUCCAUGA